GGCUGCUGGAUGGCGAAACUGUCAUCCAUAGGCGUAUCCAAUAUUUAAACCACUUCAUAUUUAAUUUGCUAUCACAAUUUCACAAAUUUCGCUACACAAUUAACAAAAAAACAAAACCAAACAGGAUAUUCUUUACAAAUUUGUCAAUAUUCAAUGUAAACAUUAAAUACGCCAUGACCACCCCCCUUAACUAUGUCUAUGGCCAUGUCAGUUUAGCCAUCCACUGACCACCACUGACAGUUCAUUGGAAUCCCUACAGGACCGUAACAACAACAACCGAUCCACCAAACUACAACAAAAAAUUGUCACAAUCAAGAUGGAAAUGAAAGAAUUUAUUUGAAAAUUGAUGUCAAAACAUUAUUUCAAAUUUUUUCAUUGAGAAUUAUAGAAAAAAUAUUCAUUGAAAUACCGAAUCCCACAUUUUUAUAGUGAUCCCGUUAAAAGUUUUCCAAAACAAUUAUAAAUAUGGCAGAUUUAUUUAAAAAUGAACCUGAAAAUGUAUCUUUUGAAUUUACUGAGCUAGAAGACCAAAUAAAACCUUAUUACAUAGAUAAAGGGGUAAGGCCCAAGGAAAUAAAGAUAGAACAAUGCAAUAAUGAUCUGAAAUUUGAGGUAAAUGAAAAUGCCUUAAAAUAUCAGAUUGUACAUACCGAAGAAAUGGAACUUGAGCCAAAUGUAAUGGAUGAUAACUCAAAAGAUGCAGAGAUAAAUGAAAAAGGUGUUCAUUCUCUAGUUGUAAAGGAUAGUGUGGUUGGUAAUAUGUUGGAGGAUGAAGGGGAGAAGCAGUUCCAAUGCACAAUUUGCUUUAAACAGCUCGCAUCAAAAAACAAUCUCAAUCGCCAUCUUUUAACGUUGCACAAAGGCAUAAAAGCGUUCUAUUGCAAAAUCUGUGGGAAAAGAUUCACAGCAAAAACAUCUCUCAUUAAUCAUGUUCGAUCUCAUUAUGGAGAGAGACCUUUUAAAUGUAAAGAUUGUCCACGGCGGUUCAAUAACAGAAGUGCAUUGAACACACAUACGAGGUUACACACUGGUCAAAACCUUCUAAAAUGUGAAUAUUGUUCUAAACAGUUUACAGGAAACACUCAACUUCAAAUUCAUUUACGUGUGCAUGCUGAGGAAAAACCAUUCAAAUGCACAAUUUGCUCUCGACAGGUCACAACACAGAACAGUCUUAAUCGCCAUUUACGUAACCACAAAGGAAUAAAACUCUUCCAAUGUAGAAUCUGUGGGAAAAGAUUAACAACAAAACCAUCUCUUGAUUAUCAUGUUCUGGCUCAUUAUGGAGAGAGACCUUUUCAAUGUAACGUUUGUCUGCGGCAGUUCAGAAACAACAGUUUAUUGAACAAACAUACAAGGUUACACACAGGUGAAAACCUUCUAAGAUGUGAAUAUUGCUCUAAAGAGUUUACAGUAAACUCUCAACUUCAAAUUCAUUUACGUGUACAUGCCGAGGAAAAACCAUUCAAAUGCACCAUUUGCUCUGCACAGUUCACAACAAACCCCAGUCUUAAUCGCCAUUUGUUCAACCACACAGGAAUAAAACCCUUCGAAUGUGGGAUGUGUUCAAAAAGAUACACAUCAAAAACAUCUCUCAUUCAUCAUAUGCGAAGUCAUUCUGGAGAAACAUCAUCUAUUCAAUGUGAUAUUUGUUCACAACAGUUCAAAGACCAGAGUUUAUUGACCGUUCAUAUGAAGUUACACACUGAUGAAAAACUUCUAAAAUGUGAAUAUUGUUCUAAACAGUUUACAGGAAACUAUAAAUUUCAAAUUCAUUUACUUACGCACAAAGGAGACAAGACAUUUAAAUGUGAUAUUUGCGAUAAAAAGUUCAGUAAUAAUGACGAAUGCAUAUUGCACAGAAGUACACAUACAACAAAUUCUCCAGAACAAGAACAAGGAGACAAGCUAUUUGAAUUGGAGACCAUUGGAGACAAAGAGGACAAGCCAUUUGAGUGCGAUAUUUGUUAUAAAAAGUUUUGGGAUAAUGAUCAAUUCCUCACACAUAAACGUACACAUACCAUUGAAAAUUCUUUUAAGUGUCAAAUUUGUUUUGAGGAUUUUACGGAAAGUACCACCACCUUGGCUACACAUAUGAGGCUGCACACAGAAGAAAAGCUUUUCAAGUGUGACAAAUGCCCCAAAGAGUUCAGAAAAAAAUACCUACUUCAGAGACACUUACGUAGGCAUCUAAAAAAGCACGUUGGAAACAAACCUUUUGAAUGUGAUCUUUGCGAUAAAAAAUUCAGUUAUAAUAACGAAUGCAUACUCCACAGAAGUACACAUACAACAGAUUCUGUAGAGAAUCAGCUAGAUAAGUUAAAAUGUGGUAUUUGUUCCCAAGUGUUUACAGAAAAUGAUCAAUUGGCGCAACAUAAAUUUGUACACAUUGAAGAACCUCAGCAAUGUGUUGUUGAGUCUCUAAAAUUUAAACAAAUAGAUAGUUCUAUUGAAAAUUUACAAUGCAACAUAAAAGAAACAAGUUUCAAAAGUAACAUUUGCUCUGAAGAAUUUUCAGAAAGUGAUCAAUUAACUCAACAUAUGGUGCUACAUACAGAAGAAACAGUUUUGCAACAAAUCGCAUGUGAUAAUAGUUUCCGUAUGUCUCCAAAAACUGGCCAAACAACAGAUGAAAGACAACACCGAGAUUUAUUUAAAAAUAAAUCUGAAAAGGUAUCUUUUAAAUCUACUGAGGGAAAAGACCAAAUAAAACCUAAGUAUCAUUCGAACGAAAUACAGACAGAAAAAUGCAAUAAUGAUCUGAAAUUUGAGGUAAAUGAAAAUGACUUAAAGUAUCAGAUUGUACAUACUGAAGGCAUGGAAUUUGAGCCAAAUGUAAUUGAUGAUAACUUAAAAGAUGCAGAAAGAAAUGAAAAAGGUGUUCAUUCUACAGUUGUUGUAAAUGAUAGUGUGGUUGGUGAUAUGUUGGAGGAUCGAGGAGAGAAGCUGUUCCAAUGCAAAAUUUGUCUGAAACAAUUCAACCAAAAGCAAAAUCUUCACCGUCAUUUUUCAACGUCGCACCAAGGCAUAAAAGCCUUCUGUUGCAAAAUCUGUGGGAAAAGAUUCACAGCAAAAACUACUCUCAUUCAUCAUACUCGAACUCAUUCUGGAGAGACACCUUUUAAAUGUACAAUUUGUCCAAAACAGUUCAGAGACAAGAGUUCAUUGAACAUUCAUAUGAGGUUACAUACUGGUGAAAAACUUCUAAAAUGCGAAUAUUGUUCUAAACAGUUUACAGGAAAUUAUAAAUUUCAAAUUCAUUUACGGGUGCAUGCCGAGGAAAAACCAUUCAAAUGCACCAUUUGCCCUACACAGUUCACAACAAAAGCCAGUCUUAAUCGCCAUUUGUUUAACCACACAGGAAUAAAACCCUUCGAAUGUGGGAUGUGUUCAAAAAGAUACACAACAAAAGCAUCUCUCAAUUAUCAUUUUCAAAGUCAUUCUGGACAGGCAUCAUCUAUUCAAUGUGAUAUUUGUUCACAACAGUUCAAAGACCAGAGUUUAUUGACCGUUCAUAUGAAGUUACACACUGAUGAAAAACUUCUAAAAUGUGAAUAUUGUUCUAAACAGUUUACAGGAAACUAUAAAUUUCAAAUUCAUUUACUUACGCACAAAGGAGACAAGACAUUUAAAUGUGAUAUUUGCGAUAAAAAGUUCAGUAAUAAUGACGAAUGCAUAUUGCACAGAAGUACACAUACAACAAAUUCUCCAGAACAAGAACAAGGCGACAAGCUAUUUGAAUUGGAGACCAUUGGAGACAAAGAAUACAAGCCAUUUGAGUGCGAUAUUUGUUAUAAAAAGUUUUGGGAUAAUGAUCAAUUCCUCACACAUAAACGUACACAUACCAUUGAAAAUUCUUUUAAGUGUCAAAUUUGUUUUGAGGAUUUUACGGAAAGUACCACCUUGGCUACACAUAUGAGGCUGCACACAGAAGAAAAGAUUUUCAAGUGUGACAAAUGCCCCGAAGAGUUCAGAAAAAAAUACCUACUUCAGAGACACUUACGUAGGCAUCUAAAAAAGCACGUUGGAAACAAACCUUUUGAAUGUGAUCUUUGCGAUAAAAAAUUCAGUAAUAAUAACGAAUGCAUACUGCACAGAAGUACACAUACAACAGAUUCUGUAGAACAAGUUUUUAUGGAUCCACAAAAAUUGAAUCUUCAAAUGAAAGUUCAUCUAGACAAGUUAAAAUGUUAUAUUUGUUCCCAAGUGUUUACAGAAGAUAAUCAGUUGGCGCAACAUAAAUGUUGCAUACUACACAGAAGUGUAGUUCAUUCAUUAGGUUCUCUAGAACAGGUUUUUAAAGAUCCACAAAAGUUGAAUCUUCAAAUGAAAGUUCAUCUAGACAGGUUAAAAUGUUAUAUAUGUUCCCAAGUGUUUACAGAAGAUGAUCAGUUGGCGCAACAUAAAUGUAUUCACAUUGAAGAACCUCAGCAAUGUAUUGUUGAUUCUCAAAAAAUUAAACAAAUAGAUAGUUCCAUUCAACAUUUACGAUGCCACAUAAAAGAAACAAUUUUCAAAUGUAACAUUUGCUCUGAAGAAUUUACAGACAGUGAUCAAUUAAUUCAACAUAUGGUGCUACAUACAGAAGAAACAGUUUUGCAACAAAUCGCAGGUGAUACUAGUUCCCGUAUGUCUCCAGAAACUGGUCAAACAACAGAUGAAAAACAACACCGAGAUUUAUUUAAAGAUAAACUUGAAAAUGUAUCUUUUCAAUCUACCGAGGGAGAAGACCAAAUAAAACCUAACUAUCAUUCGAAUGAAAUACACACAGCACAAUGCAAUAAUGAUCUGAAAUUUGAGGUAAAUGAAAGUGACUUAAAAUAUCAGAUCCUACAUACUGAAGGUAUGGAAUUUGAGCCAAAUGUAAUAAAUGAUAACUCAGAAGAUGCAGAAAGAAAUGAAACAGGUGUUCAUUCUACAAUUGUUGUAAAUGAUAGUGUGGUUGGUGAUAUGUUGGAGGAUCGAGGAGAGAAGCUGUUCCAAUGCAAAAUUUGUCUGAAACAAUUCAACCAAAAGCAAAAUCUUCACCGUCAUUUUUCAACGUUGCACCAAGGCAUAAAAGCGUUCUAUUGCAAAAUCUGUGGGAAAAGAUUCACAUCAAAAGCAUCUCUGAUUUAUCAUGUUCGAGCUCAUUCUGGAGAGACACCUUUUAAAUGUAAAGUUUGUCCGCGGCAGUUCAGAGACAACCGUUUAUUGAACAAACAUACAAGGUUACACACAGGUGAAAACCUUCUAAAAUGUGAAUAUUGUUCUAAAGAGUUUACAGGAAACUAUAAAUUUCAAAUUCAUUUACUGGUGCAUGCCGAGGAAAAACCAUUCAAAUGCACCAUUUGCUCUGCACAGUUCACAACAAACGCCAGUCUUAAUCGCCAUUUAUUUAACCACAAAGGAAUAAAACCCUUCGAAUGUGGGGUGUGUUUAAAGAGAUUCACAACAAAAACAUCUCUCAUUUACCAUAUUCGAAGUCAUUCUGGAGAGACACCUUUCAAAUGUAAAAUUUGUCCAAAACAGUUCAGAAACAAGAGUAGAUUGAAUAGACAUUUGAGGUUACAUUCUAGUGAAAACCUUCUAAAAUGUGAAUAUUGCUUUAAGCAGUUUACAGAAAACUGUGAAUUUCAAAGACAUUUAAGUACGCACAAACCAUUUGAACUAAAGACUAUUGGAGACCAGCCAUUUGAAUGUGAUAUUUGUUAUAAAAAGUUUUGGGAUAAUGAUCAAUGCCUCACACAUAAAGGUACACAUACCAUUGAAAAUUCUUUUAAGUGUCAAAUUUGUUUUGAGGAUUUUACGGAAAGUACCACCUUGGCUACACAUAUGAGGCUGCACACAGAAGAAAAAAGUGGCAUGUUACGUACGUAUCCACAGAAACCCGUUGAGGACAAACCUUUUGAAUGUGAUAAAAAAUUCAGUAAUAAUAACGAAUGCAUACGGCACAGAAGUACACAUACAACAGAUUCUCCAGGACAAGUUUUUAUUGAUCCACAAACAUUGAAUCUUCAAAUAAAAGUUCAUCUAGACGAGUUCAAUUAUGAUAUUUGUUCCCAAGUGUUUACAGAAAAUGAUCAGUUGACGCAUCAUAAAUUUGUACACAAUGAAGAACCUCAGCAACGUAUUGUUGAUUCUCUAAAAUUUAAACAAAUAGAUAGGUCCAUUGAAAAUUUACAAUGCCACAUAAAAGAAACAAUUUUCAAAUGUAACAUUUGCUCUGAAGAAUUUUCAGAUGGUGAUCAAUUAACUCAACAUAUGGUGCUACAUACAGAAGAAACAGUUUUGCAACAAAUCGCAUGUGAUACUAGUUCCGGUAUGUCUCCAGAAGUUGAUCAGACAAUAGGUGAAAAACCACAUAAAUGUGAAAUUUGUUUGAAAGGUUUUAAAACAAAAACGUUUUUAAAAAAACAUAUUAAAUUUCAUACUGGGAAAAAAAUUUUAAGGUGUAAAUAUUGUUUCAAAGAGUUUACACAAUUAUCUACCUUGAAGAAUCAUAUGCGAAGUCACACUGGUGGAAAACCAUUUCGGUGCAAAUUUUGUUCUAUGCGAUUCAACUGGAACAAUAACCUAUCGAGACAUUUACAAAACCAUGUAGUUGAAACCUUAGAUUAACGAAACCGGUUUAUUACUUCAGUGCUUAAAUCUAACUCAUGAAACAGGAAUUCAAAUAGUUUUUGUCACUUUUAACGGGGCAGCCAAUAAUGUUACAAUGGCUAAAGAGUUAGGAUGUAUUUUCGACAUAACAAAUUUGAAAUCUACCUUUUUAGAUCCUACAUCAGGCCGUGAAAUUGCAGUAUUUUUUUAUCCUUGUCAUAUGGUUAAACUUUUAAGCAAUACCAUAGGCCUUAGGUGAUAAAUGUGAUUUUUACGUGACGACAACGGUGAAGUUAUAAAAUGGGAUUAUAUAGUAAAACUUAACGAAAUUCAACAACAUGAGGGUGUUCAUUUAGCUAAUAAACUGAGAAAAGAGCACAUAUCAUAUAAAAAUCAAAAAAUGAAAGUAAGAUUAGCAACACAACUACUCGGCGAUUCUGUAGCUGAUGCUAUUGAAUUCUUAAAUGAAACAUUGCAAAUAGAACAAUUUAAAAACUCCGAAGCAACUGUUAAAUUUAUCCGAGUUAUUAAUAAAUUAUUUGGUAUAUUUAAUUCUAGAAGCAUUUACCAUAAGGGAUACAAGCAACCAAUUAAUGAAAAAAAUUACAUUUCUAUUGUAAACUUUUUAGAUGAGACCUCAGAUUAUUUGGAAUCACUUACAUUCAGGAUGGAGAAAAUAGGUAUUAUUGGUUUUUUGUUUUGCAUUAAAAGUUUAAGACAUUUAUAUACAGAAUUAGUUCAAACAAAAUUAUUAGCAUACAUUCCUACAUACAAGCUGAGUCAAGAUCAUGUCGAAUUAUUCUUUGGGUUGAUUAGAUCGAUGGGGGGUAACAACAAUAACCCGACAGUCAGACAAUUCAAAAGUGCGUAUAAAAACGAUGCUGCAUCUUGAAUUAAGAGAUUCACUUAUAGGCAAUUGUAUUCCUUUGGAAAUGAUAUCAAUUAUGAAGCUUUGUGAAAUCAUAAAUAAAUCGUGUAGCAAUGAGAGAAUAGUAGAUGAAGUUGAUGACACAUUGGACGAGAGCAAUAAUCUGUCUGAAAUUAUAUCUUGUAUAAAUGUUUCGGAAUAUAAAAAAGAAGAAAUAACAUACAUUUCCGGCUACGUUGUACGUAGAAUUGCAGCCCACUUAAAAUGUGAGGACUGUAUUGAGAGCCUGUGUGGAGACAGAAAUGAUUUUUUUAUUUCAUUUAUUAAUCAGAAAGAUAAAUGGAAUGCAUUAACUUACCCUUCAACUGAUGUUAUUUUAAUUUGUAGCACUGCAGAAAAAAUUUUACAACAUCAUAUCAAUAUAGGUAAAAGAAUAAAUGUAACCGUUGUAAAUAACCAAGUAUUUUAUAAUCUUUUGGAUAAAAAAACUUUUUGAGGAUAACAAGAUCCAUAUCUCCGAGCAAAACUUUUUAACGUCACAUUUUUCUAAUUUAGUUAAAAUGAUUGUGUUAACCUACAUCAAUAUUAGAAUACACCAUUAUAAUAAAAUUUUAUUAGAUAAUAAAAUUCUCUGUCAGUAAGAGGAUACUAUUUCACAAAUUAACAUUAUUUUCUGGUUGCUAAUAUCAGCAACGUUUCGUUCGCCUAGAAAAGUUCCGGAUAUGGAACAUGAGAUAGAGAGGUUUAGUGGGUAUUACAAGUACAGAGUCUCACACUACCUUAGAGCGAAAGACUAGGCGCUAGGGUGUGCGUAGUAAAUGCAUUCCUCUCUUGAAAAAAAAGUUUAUAAUAUACCUAUUGCUAAUAUCUGCAACACUUGCAAAUUCUAUAUUAUACUUUAAAUAAUAACGUAUUAUCAACGUAUUAUAUUAAUUAUAUUAACGUAUUAUAACGUAUAUUAUUACUUUAAAUAAUAACGUAUAAGUACUCAUAUUAAGUUUUAGUUGUUUUAAGUAAAUCAUUUAAUAAUUAAAUCGCCGGUAUUUUAAUAUUCCAAAAUUUUCCUGAAUACGUACCUGUCACCCCUCCCACCCAUCCCACCCAUUUGUCCCAACUUGGAAUAUUUGGCAGCCUUUGCACAUCUGUUUCUUGCCUGAACGUUAUAUCAAAGAAUACUAACACACCCACUGUGUUAGUAUUCUUUGGUUAUAUCUUAUAUCUUUCGUCUUCGUUAAUCUAAGGUUGAAACACGUCCCCAGGACAUCUCAUUGAAGUAUUAAUAUGUCAACAGAAAGUAAGUCAAUCCAACCUAUGUUAGUAUACGCAGAAAGAGAAUCUUCCCUACUGCUGCAUACUGAAGCAAACAUUUAACAAGAUAUUUAAUGUAAUAAUAGCCAUAACAUGUUGAUGUAAUAUGAUAAAUUUAAAUACAAUUUUAAUAUGAGAAAUAUAAUAUACUCCAAGCUCUCUUCUCUUGGUAUUAAUAAAGGCCCAGGUAUUGACGGUAUACCUCCUUUGUUCUUAAAUAAAUGCAUUUUUAAUCUUUCCAUGCCAUUGUAUCACAUAUUUAAUUGUUCUCUUCAAACUGGUGUUUUUCCAGAUUACUGGAAAGAAAGUUUUCUUAAUAUUUAAAGAUGGGCAUAAAUCUAUUGUUUAUAAUUAUCGUCCUAUUAGCGCCCUUGGUGUGAUACCCAAAGUGUUUUAAGAGUCUGGUUUGUGACUUUUUAACUCCUUUACUCGAGCAACAAUUUGGGUUUAGACCCCGUAGAUCUACUGAGCCGAACCUAUUAACUUUGUAAAUUUUUUGUUUGUCUCACUGGAGAAGGAGUAUCAAGUUGAUACAAUUUACACUGACUUCUCCAAGAGGUUUGACAGGGUGUCUCAUGUAAUGUUGGUCCAUAAGCUCAGAAUGAGUGGUGUUGAUGAACACCAUGAUGAAUGAUUUCUUGGUUUAGCAGCUACUUAUCUAAUCUUAGACAGACUGUAAACAUUGGUAAUUUUCUUUCCAAAAGAAAUCUUGUUCCUUCAGGAGUUCCUCAAGGCCCACAUCUUGGGCAUCUUCUGUUUAACAUAUAAACGAUAUUCACGAAUGUUUUUCCUAGAAGAGAACCGAUGCUAAAGAGAUAUUGAGGGUGAACGACUCGGGCUAUAACGCGUAGAAGAAAGAGAUAGAGAGAGAGAGGGAGAGAACUUGGAAUAAUGCUAACCGUCAACACAAAUAAAACUAAAGCCCAAUACAAGCAAGGAAACAGCGAAACUUGAAAAAGACAAUAAACCUUAUCAAUACUUUUAAAAGAAUGAUAUUGGGACCCAUCAGCGACAAUGGUAUGUGGAGAAUAAGGUUAAACCACCAGUUAUAGUACAUAUACCAAUAUUACAAAAAAGCCCCUAUGCAAAUUAUGCAAAAAUACAAAGAUUGAGCUGGGCAGGUCACCUUAUAAGAAUGGAGAAUGACAGAAAUCUAACGCUCGGUUUCAUCAGUUAAAGUGGACUUUAAAUUUUAAGUUGGUACCUUUAUCAAUGGGUAAAUGUCAACGUUAAAGUGAAUUUUAGUUAAUGUUCACUUAAAGUUGAUUAUGAAACCGGGCGUUAGUGGAACAAUGGUGGGACGUCGGUCAGUAGAAAGACCAACGAAGAGGUGGAUCAACCAAGUGAGAACUGAUACUAAAGAGAUAUUGAGGACGGAUAACUGGAGAACAGCAGCCAAGGACAGAGAUACUUGGAAGCGGAUGCUAGGGGAGGUUAUGGCCCGACGUAGGGGAGAGAGCGAGAGAGUACACAAGAAAAAAUAAAUCUUAUAGGAGAUGAUUAGUUUUCCAACUGAAUUGGUUUGUGGGGUAUGCUCUAUUAUAUAUCUAUGCUAUACAGUGAUGCGCGCGCUAAUAACCGGCAAAAUAGCUCAAAAGAUGGAAACAAAAAGAGAUGAAACUAGUGGAGGUGGAAAUUAUCGUUAUAUAGUGCAGUCACUGAAGGUUUUUACCUUCGAUUUCGUUGAACCUCCAUCGAUUUUCAUGAAAAUUGGUUAGUAAUUAGAGGAUACCUCAAGGAACAAAGGUGACAUGAUGCCAACUUGAGCUUUUACCCUGGGGGUAGAUGCCACCCCUUCUCGGGGGUGAAAAUUAUUUUAUUAACAAUAAUACCAUAAGUCGAUAGAGGGACAAAAUAUAAGCAAAAUUUGUUAUAUAAAGUUAUUAAAAUAAAUCAACACUUUUUGAGUUAUUAAAGACCAAAGAUUUUAUUUUUUCGUAAAAAAAUGCAUGUUUUAAAUCGGUUUUUCACUUAUAAAUCAAAAACUAUAAGCUUUUACAAAAAAGUUGUUAUUACUGAAAUUGAAGAUAAUAAAAAAUUGAAUACAUUCCUCACAUAAAGAACUAAACUAAUGUUAGUUCAAAGUGAGUUAUUGGCAAUUGAAUGUGUAUUUUUUUCGACGAAUACUCAAAUCUAAGUAUUCAAGCCUAAAUAACGGGAAAACGAUGCAAUAUAUAAAAUAUUCCUGCUAAACAUUUGUCAAAGUACUUCAGAAUACCUAUCAAAUGAGCUUCAGAACAAGGUAAUAGCGUCACAAUUAAGUAAGUUAUUAUAAUGAAAAUAAAAGAACCGUUUCGAAUUUUUUAGGAAAAAGUGAAAAAUAAAACAUACGCCAUUUUCACAAAAAUUUAUAGUAAUCCUUACAAGAACUUCUUUAUAUUAGCGUAUCUAAGUAAUGUUUUCGAUAAUUUUGACCGGUUUAGAAUGCAUAUUUUUGAAAAAAAGAUAUAAUUUAAAAAAUCAUAAUUUUUAAAAUUAUUGUAAUUCUCAUAUUCUUUUGAUAAUACUUCAAAAAUACUCAAUAUACGUAAAAAAUUAUAUAUAACUUAAUUUUAUUUUUUUCUGUGCCAAAUAUUUUACCUGUUUUACUAUUUCUAUAGGGUAAAAAAUAACCGAGAUACAAACGUUUAAAUCUUAAAUUUUGCUUUGGGAAUCAUGCAACCGGGGCCAUUUAACCUUUAAUUUAAAAAAGUAAGGAGUGUAAAAGAUUAGGUUCAACGUGCUUAAAUAGCACUUGGAAUUAACUUUCAAACAGUUUUUAGGUGAACCUGAUAUCGUAAACAUGAACGGAGUUAUUAAAAAAAAAAACAAUAACAUUUUUUGGAAAAAUUUUUAAAAGAUAAAUUUUGAAAAAAAUUUGGAGCAUAAAUUUUAACGCUAUCAACAUGUUCGGGGGCUCAUUUGAUAGAUAUUUUUAAGUACUUUGACAAAUGUUUAAUACAUUUAUGUUAUAAAAUGCAUGAAUGUCCCGUUAUUUCAGCUUGAAUACUUAGAGUGUUUUACUCGCCGAAAAGAAUAUACAUUCAAUUACCUAUAACUCACUUUUAGUUAACAUUAAAAGGUUUUACUAGUAAGAGGUUUAUUUCAUCUUUUACUAGCUUCAAUUUUGAUAAUAAUAACUUUUUUGUAAAAACUUACACUUUUUGAGUUAUUGAUGAAAAAUUGCUUAAAAACAUGCAUUUUUCUCAAGAAAAAUUAAAAUCUUUGAUCUUUAAUAACUUAAAAAGUUUUGAUUUAUUUUAAUAACUUUAUAUAACAAAUUUUGCUUGAAAUUUGUCUCUCUAUCGAAUUAUGGGGUUAUUUUUAAUAUAAUAAUUUUCACCCCCGAGAAGGGGUGGCAUUCACACCCAGGGUAAAAGCUCAAGUUGGCACAAUGUCACCUUUGUUCCUUGAGAUAUCCUCUAACCACUCACCAAUUUUCAUGCAAAUCCAUGGAGGUUCAACGAAAUCGGAGGUAAUAGCUGAUAUCCACCUUCAGUGACUCCACUAAUAAAUGUAUUAAUUAACAUUACAUUACAUAGUUUCCCAUCUUUAGACGUCUGUGACGGGAGGACGGGAGUAUUUUAUAGGGCUUUUCAUCGAUUGUCAUUUGUUUCGAGCUUCUGUCAUUAUGUUAUAUAAUCUGUGUAUAAUAUUAAUAUACACGGAUUAUACGACAUAUGACAGAAGCUCGAAACAAAUGACUGUGAAUGAAAAGCCCUAUAAAAUUCUACUGUCACAGUGACAGUUGUCAUACUUCUCUGAUGGCUCUGAUACGUCUGUGGGAAACUAUGAAAUGUUAAUUAACCCUUAAACGCCCAACCUUUUUUAGGUUUCACGUACGCCCAAGGGUGGGUAAAAAAUGUCCACCUCGAAAAUAGCUAAUACAUAUAUUUAUUGAGAGUUGUUGGAAAUUGAUUAAACUUAAGAAUCUUAUGCUUAAUAAACACAGCAUCUUCUAAAAUAUUAAGAUAAACAAUUUACAAACCUUACAACAACAUUAAAAUGUACAUCAAAAUUAACAUACCGGUAAAAACCAGUAAUUCAGAUUUGACGAUUUUCUUCACAUUCUUCUUUCAGCCUCCUCAUUGGCGGAUAAUUAUGUCGAUUAUGUAAAUAUACGUCGAUAAUUAUAUGGAUUGUGUUCCUAUCAACGAGAAAUUAUAUAGAAACCUUUAGUAACAAGUUUUACCAAGGGUGUACUUUUUAUGCCCACCCAUAUUUAACUCAAGAUAUUACUUUUAUUUUCAAAAAUAUCGGUUGAACCAAUUUAGCAUUCGAUAAAAGGCUGUCUUUUUAACAAUAAAUCAUUUUUGGAAAAUUUUUAAACACGUAAUAAAUAUGUUACAAGGGAAUAUGCAUUAGGUGGACAUGUUUUACCCACCCUUGGACGUUUAAGGGUUAAUAUGUACGUUUAUAACGAUAAUUUCCACCUCCACUAGUUUCAUCUCUUUUUGUUCCGCAAUGUAUUAUGUUUUCCAUCUUUUGAGCUAUUAACUUUUGAGCGCGCUAAUAACCGACAAAAUAACGCAAAAUAUGGAAAACAUAUUAAAUUGUGAGAUAAAAAGAAAUAAAACUAGUAGAGCUGUUAAAUUUAGCGAUAGUAACAUAAAUUGACAUUAUAUUGAUUGUUUCCCACCUUUAUAGACGUAUCAGAGAAGUAUGUCAACUAAAACUGUCACUGUGACAGUGGCAUUUCUCAAACUCGUCCGAGACGUCUAAAGGUGGGAAAGAAUCAAUAUAAUAUGAAUCGCUAAAUUUAACACCUCUUCUAGGUUCGUCUCUUUUUAUCUAGGGGGCCGUUCAAGUAUUACGUAACGCAGGUUGAGGGGGGUUAAAAAUCUUCAAAAAUUGCACUACGUAAUACGUGAACGCCCCAUUAAGGUGCGUUACGUAGGGGGGGAGGGGGGUCAAAAAUCUUCAAAAACCGCGUUACGUAAAGACCGCGUCCCACCAUCAAAUAAUUUGAUCAAACAAUUUGAGCUAAGUACUGGAAGUAAGUCAAAGUGACGUCACAAUUGCAGUUUUUUUGAAAUUCUAAAAAUCUGUGCUCUCACUAUCAGUCUAGUUUGAUCAAAUUUUUUGUAUCGAGUUGUCUAAAGGCCGCGUCUCACCAUCAAAUAAUUUGAUCAAACAGUGACAGCAAACUCCGGAAGUACGUCAAAGUGACGUCACAAUUGCAGUUUUUUUGAAAUUCUAAAAAUCUGUGCUCUCACUAUCAGUCUAGUUUGAUCAAAUUUUUUGUAUUGAGUUGUCUAACUUGUUUGUACUUUAUUUAAAAUUAAAAUUUUUCAUUAUUAUCCACAAUUUUAAUGAACACUCCGGAUGUGAGGUCACUAACUGUCACUUUCAGUUUGAUCAAAUUAUUUGAUGGUGGGACGCGGACUUAACUUGUUUGUACUUUAUUUAAAAUUAAAAUUUUUCAUUAUUAUCCACAAUGAACACUCAGGAUGUGACGUCACUUUCAGUUUGCUCAAACCAGUUUGAUCCGUUUGAUCAAAUUAUUUGAUGGUGGGACGCGGCCUGAAUACUUGAACGCUCCUUAAAAACUUGAAUGUUUUCCAUCUUUUGCGUUAUUUUGCCGGUUAUUUAGUGCGCUCAUCACUGUAUAUCUAGGGAUGUGAUUUCAUAUGGACUAGACGUGUUUACGUACGUUAUGUCCACUUUACAUCAACAAUAAAUUGAACAAGAAAUUGACAAAGUUAUUCAAGGCCAAAUUUGACGAGUACAAAAUGUAUGGUUUGUAAAAGAAAAUGAAUGAAUUUGAUGAAAUAGAACAAUUAGAUAUGUUUUAUUUUGUCAAAUUUCUUUAUUUUCUUUUUAUUCACGGCAAAAUUGGAUGUAGAAUUGUGUUUUGUAUAGGCCGAAUUUGACCUUGAAUAACUUGUUGUCAAUUUUCUUGUCCAAUUAUUGUUGAUGUAAAGUGGACUUAAAGGCUGUAUGACACUAUGCAUUUUCUUGUAUCAUUUCUAAUAUCGUUUCUUGUAUACAUUUUCUUGGUAUCAUUUCUUGUACGUACAUUUGUGCCCUGUAUGACACUAUGCAAGUUCUUGUAUCGAAACUGUAUGAAAUUCGGCACGUGAUUGGUCGAAAUUUUGUUUGUCACCCUGUCACGUUACAUUGGUAUGGUAGUACUACGUCUACAGCUGAUUUUAAGGAUUUUAUAAAAUUUACAGUCGAACCCGCUUAUUGGAAUAGCCUUUGUACCAGGCAAAAAUAUUCUUAUAACCGGGAUAUUCUAAUAACCGAUCAUUGGUGGCUAGUCGAAAUAAGUGUACCGAAUAUACGUAAUAAUAUUAUUUACAUACUAUGCCAAUGUGUAGUUUUACAUACUAUGCCAAUAUGUAUAUCAUAUAUGUACACCUACAUAAUCAGUAUAUGUAAAUGGUUUUAGGUCUUUUUACGUCAAUAAUACAGUAGUGUAACUACUACUUAUCUAUGUAUGUGUUAAAUACCAAAUUACAUUAUAUUAUAUAUGUGAA